AAUGUAGCAAGUGGGUGACUGACUUGAAGUGUUGUUUCUAAAGGAGGAUGCCUUCCCGUAAACACAAGGAAAAGUAUGCCCUGGGAAUUACAACACUCUUCCCUUUACUAAAGGAUCCCUUUUCUCCAAAGGGCUAUCUGAAUCAAGACUUCCUUCUGUUGUUUGGACCUGAAACAGCCUCCAAGAUGCUUGAGAAGUGGGACACAACAUUCAGGCCCAAGGUCAUCAGUGAGGCAAAACACCUAACUCAGUCAGUUGAGCUGUGCCGACUUCUAAAAGCUGCUGAGAAACUGACAGAGAACGAUGACACCACUGGACGGAAGAGGACCAAGAUAAGCCCCAGUGAUGCAGUGGACAAAAUGUUGCACUUUCACAAGUCAUGCUGCAGCUUGGAUGAACACCUUCGCGGAAGAGAUGGCAGACAACCAUACAUCCUUGCUGUUGGUCGAACCAGGAACAGGAUUGACACCUUCUACAUUGUUGUGGACAAACAGCUCAUCCCAUGCCAAGCCACUAGCUCUUUGGGUGCAUUUGAUGAACUGUUUAAAUCCCACUACGUGUUCAACCUGUCAUACGAUGAGCACCUGGGCCAGCUCUUCACCUUCGUGCAAACAACAGUCUACAAUAUUGAUGUAGCAACAAUAAAUGAGUCUCCCAGACUUCGUGAGUUUCGUGCUAAAGUCUUCAACUGAGGUAAAUG